AUGAAGCUGAGCCCGCCGCCCUGGCCCCUUUCCUGUCUCCUCGUGCUGCUGCCCUGGCCUCUGGCCACUGCCGCAUCGACAGCCCCUCGGCCGUGCCCGCCUGGGGAGGAGCCCAACCUGGAACCAGGGCAGGGCCCAUUGUGCAGGUCCUGCCCCCCAGGCACCUUCUCAGCCUCCUGGGGCUCUCGCCCAUGCCAGCCCCACUCACGCUGCAGCCGUCGAGGGAGGCUUGAGGCCCAGGUGGGCACGGCAACUCAAGACGCGCUGUGUGGAGGCUGCCAGCCUGGGUGGUUUUCUCCUUCAGAGGUCCCCGGUGUUCCCUGUCAACCAUGCUCCCGGACCCCUCUGGGCACCCGCAGCUGUUACGAACGGGGGCGACGGGCCCGACGUGGCGUGGAGGUGGCUGCAGGGGCCGGCGGUGCAGGGGAGAUGAGGCAGCCUGGGAACAGCACGCGGGCAGGCAGCCCCGAGGAGACGGCUGCCCAGUACGCAGUGAUCGCCAUCGUGCCCAUCUUCUGUCUCAUGGGGCUGCUGGGCAUCCUGGUGUGCAACCUGCUCAAGCGGAAGGGCUACCACUGCACAGCCCAGAAGGAGGUCGGGCCUGGCCCCGGAGGCGGAGGCAGCGGGAUCAACCCUGCCUACCGGACCGAGGACGCCAAUGAGGACACCAUCGGGGUCUUGGUGCGCCUAAUCACAGAGAAGAAAGAGAAUGCAGCGGCGCUGGAGGAGCUGCUGAAGGAGUACCACAGCCGACAGCUGGUGCAGACCAGCCACCGGCCUCUGCCCAGGCUGCCGCCGGGCCCACCCAGCAUGCCGCACGUCUGCCCGCAUCGCCACCACCUCCACACCGUGCAGGGCCUGGCCUCACUCUCGGGCCCCAGCUGCUCACGUUGUAGCCAGAAGAAGUGGCCCGAGGUGCUGCUGUCCCCUGAGGCCGCAGCUGCCACCACCCCCACUCCCAGACUCCUGCCCAACCCAGCCAGGACCCCCAAGACCGGGGCCAAGGCCGGACGCCAGGGCGAGAUCACCAUCUUAUCUGUGGGCAGGUUCCGUGUGGCCCGAAUUCCCGAGCAGCGCAUGAGUUCAGUGGGCUCUGAAGUGAAGACCAUCACGGAGGCUGGGCCUUCAGGGGGUGAGCUCCCCAACUCCCCAGGACCUGGCCUCCCCAGUGAGCAGCGCGCACUUCUGGGAAGUGGUGGAAGCCACGCUAAGUGGCCGAAGCCCCCAGCAGAGAACAAGGCCGAGGAGAACCGCUAUGUGGUCCGGCUAAGUGAGAGCAAUCUGGUCAUCUGA